AGCGAGAGAGAGAGAGCGCAACCUAGCUCACUGGCUGGCCAUCGCGACACACUCCCUCACACACACACACACACACACUCGCACUCAGUUACAGCGAGCUGCAGGGGUAGACUGUGUGUGUGUGCGUGCGUUGUGCUGCAGAAAUCGAACCGAAGAAGCACUAGAAGAGUGUGGAUUGUAUAUUUCCUUUCGUCGAAUGAAGAACUACAAGUCUGGACUGUACUGGAAAGUGUUUUGAGUGGAUUUUUAAAGUGGAUUUUUUCGCUUGCGGUGGAGUUUGAAGGACCCGUGUGGAGAUAUGGACAUUCGGGAUAUCUCUUACUGCAGGGCUAACUCGCCGGUGGUGCCGUUCGCUUAGAAAAAGGGAAUUCAAAACUCGGUUUUAGGGAGGUUUUUUUUAACGGAUAAUUGAUGAAGCGCUUUCUGUUCUGUGCUAACUUUAGGGGAGCUGGGAUUUACCGAGAAUCUGGAGAAACUGAGGCAUUUGUUGUAGUCGCUUUCCCCGUAUUUAAAAUAACUCACGGUUCAGGAACAGCGCGGAAAACAUGGAGACUGUAACUCGCCAAAGCUUUCAACCUCACCCCGGUCUGAAGCAGACUCUCAAACAGUUCCAUUUGAGUUCUAUGAGUUCUCUUGGAGGACCGGCGGCAUUUUCUGCCCGAUGGAAUCAUGAGCUUAUAUUCAAGAAAGAGGGGAAAGAGCCGGAGCCCGUUCUUCAUAUGCCGAUGCAGCCUCCGCCGGUGAUGCCGGGACCCCUGUUCAUCCCGUCCGACCGCUCCACCGAGAGGUGCGAGACAGUACUGGAGUCCGAGACUAUCUCCUGCUUCGUGGUCGGCGGCGAGAAGCGGCUUUGUCUGCCGCAGAUCCUCAACACGGUGCUGCGGGAUUUCUCCCUCCAGCAGAUCAACUCGGUGUGCGACGACCUCCACAUCUACUGCUCCCGUUGCACCGCGGACCAGCUGGAAAUACUCAAAGUUAUGGGGAUCCUUCCCUUCUCCGCGCCUUCAUGCGGAUUAAUCACCAAAACGGACGCGGAGCGCCUCUGCAACGCCCUGAUCUACGGGGGAACAUACCCACCGCACUGCAAGAAGGACUUUACGGGGCCCCUGGAGCUGGAGCUCACGGAGAAGAGCUUCAAAGUGUAUCACGAGUGCUUCGGUCGCUGCAAGGGGCUCAUGGUGCCCGAGCUGUACGCCAGUCCGAUGGCCAACUGUAUCCAGUGCAUGGACUGCAGGCUUAUGUUUCCCCCGCAUAAGUUCGUGAUUCACAGUCACAAAUUGUUGGAGAACAGGACUUGCCACUGGGGUUUCGACUCGGCCAACUGGCGGGCAUACAUGCUCCUUAGCCAGGAUUACAACGGCAAAGAGGAAAAGGCUCGCCUGGAACAACUCCUGGACGAAAUCAAGGAGAAAUUCGACUUCGCCAACAAGUACAAGAGGAAAGCGUCAAGGACUUCUGAUCACAGUCCAGUGAAGAAGGCCAAGCAUGAAGAGUUCCCGCCCCAAUCCCCCUCGGCAGACAAAGACAAGCAACCUGAAUGGCUGCGCUCCCUCUCUGCAAAGGGUCUUAACUGUAUGGCUCCUCGGCAGAGGCCCUCGGCAUUCAGGCCGUGGUCCCCCAACAUCUCCAGUGACAAGGAGACCCCCACCAGGCCUUUAGCUCUGCUGAGAGACAGUUUCUACAGCUAUAAGAGUCUAGAAAGUUCUGUGGCCCCCAACGUGGCCCUGACCCCCCUGCCUGUGCAGAAGGUUGCUCAGGCAUCGCCCCUGGCAACCAGCGGGGUAGGUGAGGAGGGGUCGCGCCCCAGGAAGAGGAAGUUGAGCGGAGAUGUGCAGUCGACCCCUGACCCUCCAGCCCCUCCUCCCCCCACCUCCUCUGCCUCGGCUGCCGUCAGCCAACCCCCCCAGGAGGAGAAGGCCGACUCGGACGUAGACAUCGAGGUGGAUAGCCGUGAGGAAUUCACGUCCUCCCUCUCCUCCCUCUCCUCUCCCUCCUUCACCUCCUCGUGCUCCGCCAAGGACCUCAGCUCGCCUAGCACCCAAGGGCCGGUCUCCACGGUGACCUCGGGAUCUCUGGAGGGCUCGGCAGUGGCGACCCCUGCGGGCACGGGGUCAGAGGUCGUGACCCCGGCCCUGGAGUCGGAGCUGGAGACCCUUCGCCAGGCGCUGGACGGAGGACUGGACUGGAAGGAAGCCAAGGAGAAGUUCCUCCACGAGAUCAGCAAGAUGAGGGUGAAGCAGGAGGAGAGGCUGGGCUCGGCCCUCCAGGCCAAACGCAACCUGCAGCAGGAGUUGGAGUUCCUGCGCGUGGCCAAGAAGGAGAAGCUGCGCGAGGCGACGGAGGCCAAGCGUAACCUGCGUAAGGAGAUCGAGCGGCUGCGCGCCGACAGCGAGAAGAAGAUGCGGGAGGCCGGCGAGGCGCGGCUCAGGCUCAAGAGGGAGCUGGAGCAGGCGCGCCUCCUCAGGGUCUGUGACAAGGGCUGUGAGGCAGGACGCCUGCGCGCCAAGUACUCCGCACAGAUCGAGAACCUGCAGGUGAAGCUGCAGCAGGCGGAGGCGGACCGUGAGCAGCUGCGCGCUGACCUGCUGCAGGAGCGCGAGGCCCGCCAGCACCUGGAGCGCGUGGUCAAGGAGCUGCAGGAGCAGCUGUGGCCCAAAGCAGCAGACACGGGCAACGACAAGGCCAUCAGCAGCAGCAGCAGCCACGCCAGUCCUGCCGCCACCGCUGGCAAGGACUCCAGCAACUAAACACACACGCAGAUACGCACACACACACACACACACACACACACGUACAUACAUGCAUAUACACUCAUAUAGGCACACACUCAUACGCACACACACAGACACAUGCUCACACACACACACACCAUCCUCCCAGUUUCACACACACACACAGUCACAGACAGUCAUCCUCUCUCUAUUACACACACACACACACACACACACACACUCACAUGUGGAGAGAAGAUGUUGAGAAUCCUCUACUCCUCCGGAGGUCUCCUAAGGAACUGAGGGGUUUAACAGACACACAAAUGAAAAUGAAAGACCAUUUCUGACUGGGAAACUUCUGUGUGAGCGAGGGAAGGCCGUGUUCUGCCACUGCCUCAAUAGCACUGCAACAGACUUCUGCCACAGCGGUGAGGAAAAGAGCUCGGAGAGCUAGGACUUUGUGAGGGCAGUGGAACAGAUUGGAACCGUGUGGAACCGACGGAACUGUGCUUGUUUUUUCGGAGAACAGAGAACUGAGAGCGCCUGAAUGGACACAGAUUUGUGCCGCCCCGAAUCGGAAAAAGAACGAGGGUGUGCGAGAGAACUCGUUGUUGUUCGUUCUGGAGAAGUUCCCUGGCAGCGGAGCCUGCAGCAGAGUGAGAGAGAGAGGGGGAGGGCAAGAGGAACCACCGCUCCCCCCACCCUGCAGUGCUCUCCGUUCUCCCUCUCCCCUCUCCCCUCUCCUGGAGAAAUCUGAUGACUGUGCUGCAAGCGUUUGAAAAGACUGCAGAGCAUGCGGGAGUGUACGUGUGUGUGCACAUUUCUGUGUUUGUGUGUGUGUUUGUGUGUGUGUGUGUGUGUGUGGUUGUGUGUGUGUGGUUAAAGAACAGAAAGGUCUGUCUGAGCUUCAGAAUCAACCCAACUGCGGCCAGAGAGAACAAAGUUUGAAAUCGUUUAAGAAGCAAGGUUUACAGUUUGUGUGCAUGCAUGUGUGUGUGUGUGUGUGUGUGUUUGUGUGUGUGAGAGAGAGAGAGAGUGUGGCUCAGGGGCUUGGUGAGGUGCUGCUCUCUGCCUGAAAGAACAAAAAAUGAAACGUUCAGUGUCUCAUCAUUUGGGGCGAACCAAGUUUCAUGCAUCUUUACGCUUGGAUGCACACAAAUACAGACAUCCACACAUGAAUACACACACAUGCACACACAAUGUGGUCAUUAUGCGUCAGUGUGUAUUUUGGGUCAAACCCCAUGGGCGAAUCUUUUAAAGAUGUGGUGAUGAUUAUUUGUGUGCUUGUGACACACACACACACAUACACACUCACACACAUACACACACAUACAGAGACAUAAAAGCUCUGCUUUACUCCUCAGAGAAAUGUGUGUUUUUUUUCUUUCACUGAAGAGCUGGCAUGACUUUGCUCUUUUCAAAAAUCGUAACCAGCAAUUUCAUCGAACUAACGAUUUUUUUAGGAGUGUUUGGAGUGUACUCCUUUUACAAGAAUAACAUACAUACAGACACACACAUACACUUACAUAUAUACAAACACACACACACACACACACACACAAGUGUUCUUUUUACGUAAAUUAUGAUAUAUGUAAAUAUAAAUGGUUCUUUUUUUUUACUCUACCAGAAUGAAUCGCACUUUGUCAUAACAAAAAAGAGAAAAAAAAGUAAGAAAAAGUUUGAAAGCAUUUUAUUCCUGCUCCUCGUCCCAGUCCCGCUGAGUUUUUUCCCCGAGCCUCUUGCCAAGGGGUGUUUUAUUCGUAAUGAUAUGCAGCACAGUUUAAUGCAAUGUAAUCAUGUGGUCACGGCUAGAAGGUGUACAUAGGAGCCCGCCAUGCACUUGCUUGCUUGCUCAGCUAGGUGGCGUCACAUUGCUUGGCUGUUUCUUCAAUCCAAUAGAAUUUUUUUGCAGUUAUUGUUAUUAUCUUCAUUAUAAAUAUUACUAUCAUUGCCCUUAAAUGCAAUAAUCAUACCUUUUGAAUCAAUUAAUUUGAAAUAGUUUUCUUUUUUUAGUCUUUUUUUUUCUUUUUCUUUUGGAAACAGUUGGGUGGUUUUCAGAAUCAGUGUACGGUGUGAAAGGUUAGACAAAAAGAGAGGGUUAUGGGUGUGGAUGAAUCCGAGCCAAUGGAAAGGAAGGCUAGUCAUGUUGUAGUAAUGCUAGUCCUGUUCCAUUGGGGCUAGCCCUGUUCUCGCAAUGCUAGUUCUCUUCUAGCAGUGCUAAUCCUAUUCUAGUAAGUCUAAUUUCACUGGAACAAUGCUAGUCCUGUUACAACAGUGCUAGUCCGGUUCUAGUAACCCUGGACUUACUGGAGGAAUGCUAGCCCGAUUCUUGUAACGCUAGUUAUACUAGAGCAAUGCUAAUCCUGUUCUAGUAAUGCUAGUCUUACUGGAGUAAUGCUAGUCCUGUUCUAUCUGGGCUAGUGCCUCUUGAACAGGACUCUCCCAGGCGGAAGCAGGCUGUAGCACACAUGGAUCAUGGCUCACUAACUUUAGCUGAUAUAUUUAGCGUAUAGUAGAGAAACAUAUAUUUUAUAAAAGAUUUGAAUAGGUUGGGUACAAUGCAAUCAGAAUGUACAUGCUGUUGAUGCUUUUUUGUUUCCCUUUUGUUGUUAUCUCAUGUUGAUGUUGUUGUUGUUUUAAAUGUGGGGAUAUUUUUAUUGCUUGUCUUACAUUCUUUUCCUCCAAUAGCAAGCUCAUAUAAUUUCUUUGUAUGCAUGAAAUUGAUAAGUAAGAGAGAAUAUGUCUGCCAUACAUAUAAUCAUUAUUGGGCAUUAUGCUGUUUGUGUAAGGGUUUCAUUGUAUUAGGCAAUAUAGCGCAAAAAAUGUUCUUAAGAUAAACCUGUAAAAGAAACAAACUUCUCCAACCACAUCUGUCUUCAAAAUGGGAAACUAAAUCCCUGUCUCAUGAAUGAUUUACUCAAAACACAGACACACACAUAGUCGCAGUCAAACACAAACAUAUGUUCAGCGUAUGUGCACAAAGAACCAUCGUUACAUUUGGAAACACUCUCAUUGUUUUAAUGUAAUGCUGGACAGCCUCAAGUGCCUGGACCUGGCCGACAGGUGUCCAGAACAGGAACAGUGAUGAUGUAACAAUGACCGCAAGGUCAUAAUUAAUCCGUGCUGGCCCUCUGAUUGGUUCAGCCUCCAAACCCUGGGCAGACGCUCCCGCACACGGGACAUACCAUUUUGCACUCUUGUAAGGGGGGAAGGGUGGGUUCUGUGCUUUUUGGUACCCGCCCCCCCUCUUUGCCACAGAUUGAACUUGACCAUAUUAGCUCCGCCUCCAGAUGCAGCUCUUUGUAAUGUUCUUAAAGUGGUUUACGUCAGUAUUUCUUGCGUUGUCUCAAUUUAACAUUUUUUUUAUUAUUAUUAUUAUUAUUACUAGCAAAUCGGACAUUAGUCAACCAAUUGCCACUGGCUACAAAUGGCACCUGAACACAAAACAAACUGCUUUCUUUUUCCUUAAACGUUUCAAGAUACCUAUGUCACAAUAUUUUUUAGAAUGGACAAAAAAAAUGUAUUUAUGCGAUAUUUAGAGCAUAUUCUCUGUCUCUCUCUGUCUCUUUAUCUCAGCCGUAGGUUUAAGCCCUACUUAACAACUGAGUGUGUGCUCCACACGGUUCUGGAGGAGUUAUCCACAGAGUAAGGGCAUUAUAUCAAAGCCCAGCGUCUUAAUGCAGAGAAGGGGCCAGUGUUUGGGUUGUCUGCAAAAUUCUGCAGGCAAACAAAAAAAAGACAUUAGGGCAAUUGUUUUAUAGUUGUUUUUACACUCAAAUUGAUACGUGUAGUUUCCUUUAUUCAUGGUUUUCUACAAAAAAGGGAGAAAUUGUUCACGAAGGCUCUUGUAUCUCCCAGAUGAUGAUUAAAAAAACUGUUAAAUGAUUUAUUUUCUGAGCAAGAGCCGUUUUGCUAAACGAUGGACACAAAAGCAGCAAUAACCGUACAUAUUUAACAAACCUAGCCAGUGGGAGGAUUUUAAGAAAAAAAGUACAAAUUUACCAAUGUAAAUAUUUUUUUUUUUCUUUUUCAAUAUUGUAUUAUAAAUGUAUAUGGUGUUUCCUUUUUCAAAAAAAGACAAAAUGUUUCUUACAAGAUAGCUGUCUCGUUUUGAGUUGAGUUGAGUGUUUUAACCAAGAACAUGUUUUGAGGAAAAAAAAAAGAAUUACUGCAGUGCGCUAGUGAAUAUACCUUACAGUUAAACAUAGAUUCACCCGAUCGUUUGCAUUUUUUCUUUUUCUAUUUUUUUGCAGUAAGUUCCUUAAACCCCCCAAAUCAUGUUAUGUUAUGUAACACACAGGAGGGGAGGGGAGUCAUAUAGAUAGAGGCCGGCCUCGGGCCAGACCGGGCCCGAUGCUGGCCCGGAUGUGGUUGCAGUCUAGGCCUGUCCUCUGAAUUUCCUUUUUUUCUUCUCGUUUCACCACCCCUAUAUCUUUUUUUUAGCCCUAUGCUGCUGCUAAUACAAUAUAAUCUUUACAACUCUGAAAUUAUUUUUGUGUAAGAGGUAAAUGUAUGCUUGUCCUGUUCAGUAAAGCUGCAGAAGAUUAUGAUAAAGUAUCAGAAAGAAAGAAAAAAGCCUGGCUUCUAUAUCUCCUUAAACUGUUCUGUCCCUUACAGGACUUCUAUCUCCCAACCUAUACUUCCCCCAUCUCUCUCUCUCUCUCUCUCCAUCUCUUUCUCUCUCUCUGUCUCUCUCCUGGCAGACUAUGGUGUAAAGUAACAGACUUUAUGAGAUUAUGUUUGAGAAAUAGCUAUGCUUAUAUUCCCCAGUGACUGAAUGUACAGUGUAAAAAUGCAUUAUCAGAAAUAAAGUUGUUUGUCCAGAUAAAGUAAGGAG